AUGACCAAGCAGGACGUGAAGCUCGACCUACUCUGGACCAACGUCGGCACGAAAAAGAGGAACACCGUCCUGACGUUCUUGAUGGGGGCGGACAUGUCGACGAUGGACGAGCAGAUCAAGGCGUGGUACUUGGCGGAGCACAGCCUCAUCUUGAACCAGAUGCCUUCGACCACAACGCUGACGCCCGGCCCGAGUGAUGAAGCCACACCGACGCUGAGCACAGAAGCCACACCGACGCCGACCAGCCCGAACACAGAAGGUAACGGCAGCUGGGCUUUGCCGAGAGGAAGGUUCAUAAUUGAUAAGAUAGCAGAGAAGAUGGAAAACCAGGAGGUCUUGCUACCUCAAGACAUGCUUGCAGACGUCCUAGGCCGUCUUGCACCACGUGACCUUGCCAUAUCCCGCUGCGUCUGCAAAGCCUGGUGCACCAUCAUCGAUGCUCGCCGCCUACUUCUAGCUGACCUCCUUCCACGCAGGGUAGGCGGUAUAAUCAUCAAUUUCAACGACUUAUUGUUGUCAGAAUUCUUCUCUCGCCCAUCGACAGGCCCCUCGGUGUCUGGCAACCUCAACUACUUACCUUCCAUAUCUGUCGUCAAGGACCAUUGCAAUGGCCUUCUUUUGCUUGAUGGCUACGUGGUUAACCCCGCUACAAGACAGUGGGCGGAGUUGCCACCGUGCCCAUCUCUGGGGCUGGAGUCUUUCGAAGGAGAGCACCUUGUAUUUGACCCAUCCAUAUCUCCGCACUAUGAGGUGCUGGUAAUCCCCAUUUCUCCCAAGUUAGACCGUGAUGUCAAAUUGGAUCCCGCUGUAGAGGAAUUAGAAUGGCCAGCAUCAUUAUGCAUGCUACACGUGUUCUCAUCAAGGACAAAACAAUGGGAGGAGAGGCGUUUUGUUCGGGAAGGGGAGGCUGCUGGGACAAUUGCGGACAUGCGAUUGGCUCGGCAAUAUUAUCAGAACCGUGCUGUCUACUGGCGAGGAUCACUUUACGUCCAUUUGCCAAGCCACUUUGUUAUGAGGAUAUCAUUGUCAAACAACAAGUAUCAAGUAAUUAAACCACCGAAAGGGAGAAGCACUCUAUUUGGGCAAGAUAUGCUUUAUAUAGGUAAGUCAGAGAAGGGGGUUUAUUGUGCACCUGUGGAUAACCCGGUCCGGGUAUGGAUCCUUGAUGAAUCGUGUGGGCAGUUGGAAUGGGUGUUGAGGCAUAACAUUUCCCUUCACGUUGACACUGACGAAAGCAGCAGACCCUGGACCUUACAGGAUGUUAACUAUUAUGAAGGCUAUGGUGAGGAUGCUAAAGAUGAAGCAAUAGCGCCGCAGAAAUUUGACUGGGAUUCUGAAAGUGAUAAUCUUAUUGACCCAAAAAGCAUGGCUGAUGACGAGUUUCCUUGUUAUACUGGUAUACUUGGAUUCCAUCCUUUCAAAGAGGUUGUCUUCCUGUGUGUCGGAUUGCAAAGAGGGCUGGCAUACCAUUUAGAUAGCUCGAAGGUCCAAGAGUUGGGAAACAUAUUUCCCAAAUGUUAUGGCACAUCGAUUGGUAUCCAGCCAUUUAUAAAGGAGUCUUUCAUAUACACUCCUUGCUGGAUGGAAGAGUUACCAUAGAGCAAUCAAUUUAACGCAUCUUCUCUAAGUCUCAUCGCUGUAGUAAGUUUUUUGUGUUUUGAGCAAAAUCAAUUAAUGUCUACAUAUAUACAUGUCCAAGUUGCUGAACUAAUGGAAGCAU